AUGGGAAAGGAAAAGACUCAUAUCAACAUCGUCGUCAUUGGACACGUCGACUCGGGCAAGUCUACCACUACUGGCCAUCUGAUCUACAAAUGUGGUGGGAUCGACAAGAGAACCAUCGAAAAAUUUGAGAAGGAGGCUGCUGAGAUGGGAAAGGGCUCCUUCAAGUAUGCCUGGGUCUUGGAUAAACUGAAAGCUGAACGUGAGCGUGGUAUCACCAUUGAUAUCUCCCUGUGGAAAUUUGAGACCAGCAAGUAUUAUGUGACUAUCAUUGAUGCCCCAGGACACAGAGACUUUAUCAAAAACAUGAUUACAGGCACUUCUCAGGCUGAUUGUGCUGUCCUGAUUGUUGCUGCUGGCGUUGGUGAAUUUGAAGCCGGUAUCUCCAAGAAUGGGCAGACCCGUGAGCAUGCCCUUCUGGCUUAUACACUGGGUGUAAAACAACUAAUUGUUGGUGUUAACAAAAUGGAUUCCACUGAGCCACCCUACAGUCAGAAGAGAUAUGAGGAAAUUGUUAAGGAAGUUAGUACCUACAUUAAGAAAAUUGGCUACAACCCUGACACAGUAGCAUUUGUGCCAAUUUCUGGCUGGAACGGUGACAACAUGUUGGAGCCAAGUGCUAAUAUGCCUUGGUUCAAGGGAUGGAAAGUCACUCGUAAAGAUGGUAAUGCCAGUGGUACCACAUUGCUUGAAGCUCUGGAUUGUAUCCUGCCGCCAACUCGCCCAACUGACAAGCCCCUGCGCCUGCCCCUGCAGGAUGUCUACAAAAUUGGUGAUACUUUCCAUUGUAAAGUAUUGAUGAUAACUCUUGUAAAUAUUUCAGGUAUUGGGACUGUCCCUGUGGGCCGAGUUGAAACUGGAGUUCUCAAACCCGGUAUGGUGGUCACUUUUGCUCCGGUCAAUGUUACAACUGAAGUAAAGUCUGUUGAAAUGCACCACGAAGCUUUGAGCGAAGCUCUUCCUGGAGACAACGUGGGCUUCAACGUCAAGAAUGUGUCUGUCAAAGAUGUUCGUCGUGGCAAUGUGGCUGGUGACAGCAAAAAUGACCCACCAAUGGAAGCUGCUGGCUUCACUGCUCAGGUGAUUAUUCUGAACCAUCCUGGCCAAAUCAGUGCUGGAUAUGCACCUGUGCUGGAUUGUCACACAGCUCACAUUGCCUGCAAGUUUGCUGAGCUGAAGGAGAAGAUUGAUCGUCGUUCUGGGAAAAAGCUGGAAGAUGGCCCCAAAUUCUUGAAGUCUGGUGAUGCUGCCAUAGUUGAUAUGGUUCCUGGCAAGCCCAUGUGUGUUGAGAGUUUCUCUGACUAUCCUCCUCUGGGCCGUUUUGCUGUUCGUGACAUGAGACAGACGGUUGCUGUGGGUGUCAUCAAAGCAGUGGACAAGAAGGCAGCUGGAGCUGGCAAGGUCACCAAGUCUGCCCAGAAAGCUCAGAAGGCUAAAUGAAUAUUAUCCCCAAUACCUGCCACCCCAGUCUUAAUCAGUGGUGGAAGAACGGUCUCAGAACUGUUUAUCUCAAUUGGCCAUUUAAGUUUAAUAGUAAAAGACUGGUUAAUGAUAACAAUGCAUCGUAAAACCUUCCGAAGGAAAGGAAAAUGUUUUUGUGGACCAUUUGGUUUCUUUUGUGUGGCAGUUUUAAGUUAUUAGUUUUUAAAAUCAGUACUUUUUAAUGGAAACAACUUGACCAAAAAAUCUGUCACAGAAUUUUGAGACCCAUUAAAACAAAGUUUAAUGA